GUAGAAUCAGGGUGGAAAAAAAAAGGAAGAGUAGAUAUGAACCAUUUCUCUUAUACAGUCUAGCAAAAUUAAUACUAUUUUGUUGUGUGCGCAAUAUUCACUAGCAUACUAGCAUGGGUUCUGUUAUAAACGACGACGAUGUUUCACCGAUCCCACAGGUUCGGGCCGUAGUAUCAAACGACGAUGACCCGAACCAACCAGUAUGGACGUUUAGAAUGUGGACAUUGGGGAUUUUAUCGGUAGUGUUGCUUUCGUACCUGAACACAUUUUUCCAAUACCGAACUCAACCUUUAUUGGUGACGAUGAUAUCGGUGCAAGUUGCAACGCUUCCUAUUGGUCGAUUCAUGGAAAAGGUGCUUCCGACGAAAAAGUUUCGGAUCAUUGGAUUUGGGGAGAGAGAGUUUUCAUUGAAUCCUGGUCCUUUUAACAUGAAAGAGCAUGCGCUUAUUUCAAUAUUUGGUAACGCUGGUGCUGCGUUUGGGAAUGGUUCUGCUUAUGCUAUUGGUAUUAUUAAUAUUAUUCGUGUUUUUUACCAUCGGAAGAUUACAUUUCUUGUUAGUUGGCUUCUUGUCUUGACUACGCAGGUAUUGGGGUAUGGAUGGGCGGGGAUAAUGAAGAAAUACGUGGUGGAGCCGGCAGAGAUGUGGUGGCCAGCCACUCUAAUGCAAGUCUCUCUGUUUAGGGCUUUACAUGAAAAAGAUGAGAAUCGAAUGUCAAGAGAGAAGUUCUUUUUUAUUGCAUUUAUUUGUAGUUUUGCAUGGUAUGUGAUUCCAGGCUACCUCUUUGCCACAUUAUCAAUUAUUUCAUGGGUUUGUUGGAUAUUCCCAAAUUCAGUAAAAGCCCAACAAAUUGGAUCUGGAAAGCUUGGGCUUGGUUUGGGCUCAUUUUCUCUUGACUGGACCACUAUUGCUGCAUUCCUUGGGAAUCCACUUGUUACUCCCAUUUUUGCAACAAUUAAUAUCCUUGUUGGUUACAUUUUAUUAAUCUACAUGCUUAUUCCUAUGUCUUAUUGGGGAUUAAAUCUCUAUAAUGCCAAAACCUUCCCAAUAUUCUCUUCUAAGCUAUUCACUGCACAAGGUGAGGAAUAUAAUGUGACAGCUAUUGUGAAUGAUAAAUUUGAGAUAGAUAUGGAUGCAUAUCUUAAACAAGGUCACAUCAAUUUGAGUAUCUUCUUUUCUGUUAGCUAUGGUCUUGGCUUUGCUGCCAUUAUUUCCUCCCUCACUCAUGUUGCCGUUUUUAAUGGAAAGGAGAUAUAUGGUCAAUUUCGUUCUUCUCGAACCGGAAAAGAAGACAUUCACACAAGAAUGAUGAAGAAGUAUAAGGACAUACCUAAUUGGUGGUUUCAUGUUACACUUUUGUCCUCAUUUCUCAUUGCACUUUCAUUGUGUAUAUUCAUGAAAGAACAAAUACAAAUGCCAUGGUGGGCUCUCAUCUUUGCAUCAGGACUUGCACUCAUUUUUACUCUCCCCGUUAGUAUCAUAACUGCCACUACUAAUCAGACUCCGGGUUUGAAUAUUAUCACUGAAUACAUAAUGGGUGUGAUUUCGCCUGGAUUACCAAUAGCCAACGUUUGCUUCAAGACUUACGGAUAUAUGAGUAUGUCUCAGGCCAUUUCUUUUCUAUCUGAUUUCAAACUAGGUCACUACAUGAAGAUUCCACCAAGGUCAAUGUUCAUAGUUCAGAUUAUAGGGACUCUUAUAGCUGGAACUGUGGAUGUUGGUGUGGCAUGGUGGUUGCUAGGUUCAAUAGAGAACAUAUGCCACGAAGAACUACUACCACCUGGUAGUCCAUGGACAUGCCCAGGUGAUAAUGUGUUCUUCGAUGCAUCCGUUAUAUGGGGUUUGGUCGGCCCAAAAAGAAUUUUUGGCCCCCUAGGAAACUACUCAACGUUGAAUUGGUUCUUCUUAUUUGGAGCAUUAGGCCCAUUAAUUGUAUGGGCCCUUAUGAAAGCCUUUCCAAAUAAAAAAUGGUUAUCACAUAUUCACCUUCCUGUUAUACUUGGAGCAACUGCAGUAAUGCCACCAGCUAGCACAGUGAAUUUCAAUUCAUGGCUUAUUGUUGCAAUUACAUUUAACUAUUUUGUGUAUAAAUAUUAUAAGAAAUGGUGGGAAAGGUACAAUUAUGUUCUUGCUGCUGGUUUAGAUGCUGGAUUGGCUUUCAUGACUACUCUUCUAUUUUUUACUGUUAGUAAUGGAGGAAUAAAGUUGAACUGGUGGGGUCAAGAUGAGCAUUGUCCUCUUGCAAAUUGUCCUACUGCUAAAGGAGGAAUAGCUGCUGAUGGUUGUCCUGCAUUUUCAUAAUUUUUAAUUUAUAUGACUUUCUUAUAUAUUUCAUUUAUUUAGUUUAUGUUCUUCAACUUUUCUUAUGAUGAUGAAGUUUGGAUUCAUACUUAAUUGUGGGAAUAUGUACCUGCAUUGCAUUAACUUUAAGUUGUUUAAAGUUUGUGUUGUUUCAAUUUUUUUUUUUUUUUUUGUCUUUUCAAUUUGAGUUACUAGCAAUUUAUUACUAUAUUUUAGUGAGGUGGUCUAAUGUUGAUAAUGAGUACUAGUAUAAAGUAUAUAUAAAAAAAAAAAAGGUAAGAGAAUAAAGAGGUUCAUUUUACAAAGUCAAUAUCAGUUGACUUUUUAGAGAAUGGAGUAAAGCAGAGAAUGUACUUUAAAAGUGUAUUGUUAGUAUUUAUUAGUAUAAAAUUCUCAAUCCAUUCUUUGAUAUAAUUUCAUUUAUUUAGUUUCUUUCUUCAAUUUUUAUGAUGAGGAUGAAAUUUGGAUUCAUACUUAAUUGUGAGAAUAUGUGCUUGAUUAGAAUAUGUGCCUUCAUAUUUAUUCA